AUGGUUAAAACACGAUCUUCAGCGCGGGUAGUUAACGCGGCCCAGAGUGCGCCCGCUGAGAAUGGAACCCCUUCCGAACUUAGGACGCGCCUCAGAACCACUGAAAAUGGACAUCGCUCACAAAAGAGCCACAGUUCUAGGAACAGCCAGGCGAUGCCCUCAAGCGGUGUGGGCCCCGGAAGUGGGUCGCAAGGCAAGGACCCUUUGGCGCCCGCUUUGCCAGGCCCCCGUUCAAUGUAUCAACACCCGGCUGUUACUGGAUAUAACCCACAGGACUCGCGAGCACAGGCUUUACCAGUUACGGCGCGCACUGCGCAGGCGCGGCAGAGCCCGCUGUACGCGGGCGGCAUGUACCACGGGUACGCGGGCGCGGCGGCCGGCGCCACGCUCGCGCCCAUGCCCUCGCUCUCGCCCACGGCGCCCCUGCCUCCCUUCCCCGUGCAUCCGGACGUCAAGUUCAAAAAACUUCCGUUCUACGAUGUAAUGGCAGAAUUAAUGAAACCGUCUACUAUGAUGCCAAUGCAAGCUGGUCGAAUGCAAGAGGGCACAUUCAUAUUCCACCUUACACCACAACAGGCCACCGAGAUAGCUUCGGGCAAGGAUAUUGUCGGAACUAGUAAUAAGCUUGAUUAUGUUAUACAGGCCCAGUUGAGGUUCUGCCUCCUAGAAACUUCAUGUGAACAGGAAGAUUAUUUCCCACCUAGUGUUAAUGUAAAAGUAAACAAUAAAAUGUGUCCAUUACCAAACCCAAUACCGACAAACAAGCCGACGCCAGAACCAAAACGACCACCGAGACCGGUCAACAUCUCAUCCCUUGUGAAACUGUCGCCUACCGUCGCCAACACUAUACACGUAACGUGGGCCGCAGACUUCACGCGAGCGUACGUGCUUAGUGUGUUUCUUGUGAAGAAGCUAACCUCUGCUGAGUUAUUACAGCGGCUCAAGAACAAGGGUACUAAAAAUCCAGAUUACACACGAUCACUAAUAAAAGAAAAAUUAUCAGAAGAUUAUGAUAGUGAAAUAGCAACAACUUCCCUCCGAGUGUCUCUCAUGUGUCCCCUCGGCAAAAUGCGAAUGUCGUGUCCUUGUCGGCCCGCAAACUGUCCACAUUUGCAGUGUUUUGAUGCUUCCCUGUUCCUGCAGAUGAAUGAGCGCAAACCAACCUGGCUAUGCCCAGUCUGUGAUAGGCCUGCACCCUAUGAUUCAUUGGUGGUUGAUGGGUAUUUCCUGGAGGUGCUGACGUCUCCGCGUCUGUCGAGCGACUGCAACGAGAUCCAGCUGCACGCGGACGGCAGCUGGUCCGCGCACACGCCGCCGCCGCGCGCGCCGCAGGCCUUGCCGCCCGCGCCCGAGCCCGUCACGCUCAUACCUGACGACCUCGAAAUAAUUCCUGUCGACGGCACGGGCGGUGCAAAACGAGCAGCGGUAGGAGAAGGGCGUAUUGCGAAACCAACGGAAUUGCUUGUAGAUCUCACGUCUGACUCUGAUGAUGAGGUGCCUCUCAAAAGGAAGGUGCAGCAGCCCAAACAAACGCCACCAAUAGUUGAAACAAAUAAUAUCAAGACUGAUGACUAUGCCUCUCCAAAUGCGGUGGAGACGGUAGAGGCGGUGGAGGCGGUGUCGUCGAGCGGGUACCGGUCGCCGGGCGCGGCGGGUGUCAUCUCGCUGGACAGCCCGUCGCCGCCCGCGCGCGCCUCGCCGCCGCCCGGCCCCGAGCCCGAACCCGCGCCCGCGCACUCCACGCCCUCCGCUCACUGCACGAGCAACAGCACCGAAUGCGAGGAUAAUGAAUCUGCACCUGCACACUGGGCGCCGUAUGCUGAUGCCGACCGGGAAAAUCAUGACUCUUAUCGAAGGAAUACAAGAGAAGUUCACCGUACUCCAAGAGGGUCAUUAUACGUUGGAAGGGCCGUAGAUAUUAUCAUGACCCCUGGAGGUAAACUGCGUCGUCGGCCACAAGUUUCCCCUAAGAAAACUUUAGAGGACUCUAUUCAUGUUACGCCGUUGGAACGCGCCGCUGCGAUGGACAUUGACGAGGAAGAGGGCGAAACUCUAAUAAAAAUUUGGACCACGUUCAGAAAUGGUUCAGUGAGUUGCAGUCGCUGGAAUCUGUGGAUCCAGUACCAUAUUCCUGCAAUACGCCGAUGCCAAUAG